CACCGCCGUGUAUAUACAUUUUGAGAGAAAAUUUCGUUCAGGGCUACGUAUUACCGCCGUUCUAAUUACUUAUAAACAUUUGAAGGACUGGACAUUAAACAGCUAAAUCUAACCGGAAAAGGCUAAGUAGGCAACACUUGAGCCUGCGCCGCCGCCAAAGUCGUCAUACAAAAUGAAUAAACCAAAGAGCACAGCGGUUUUUUGUUAAUUUUCUGAAAUUUCAAUUCGUCUCGUCAUUAUCAUCAUCCGCCGCAUCCGCCACAUCCGCAUUGCCAUCGUCAUUUUUAGCAGCUUUGUCUUACGCCACCCAUCGCCCGCCCGCUCAGUCAGCUUUGUGGGAAGCAGCCUUGUAUGAAAAUUUGCAUUACUUUGGAUCAUUUGAGCAUUUUGCAACCGGGAGCUUUGUCGCAAUCGUCUACUUCAUUCCCCCCAAAUAAGUACAUACACACAAACCGAUUGAGUUAUGUCAUCAACCGCCGGCAAACGAAAAGAAAUAUACAAAUACCUGGCGCCAUGGCCAUUGUACUCUAUGAACUGGAGCGUGCGGCCGGACAAACGAUUCCGGCUUGCGUUGGGCAGCUUUAUCGAGGAGUACAACAAUAAAGUGCAAAUCAUUAGCCUGGACGAGGAUACCAGCGAAUUUAGUGCUAAAAGCACCUUUGACCAUCCAUAUCCCACAACAAAAAUCAUGUGGAUACCAGACUCGAAAGGCAUCUAUCCCGAUCUGUUGGCAACCAGUGGUGAUUAUUUGCGAGUAUGGCGAGCCGGUGAACCGGACACUCAUCUCGAAUGCGUGCUCAAUAAUAAUAAGAACAGUGACUUCUGUGCGCCGCUAACAUCAUUCGAUUGGAACGAGGUGGAUCCCAAUCUGGUCGGCACAUCAUCCAUAGACACCACAUGCACAAUAUGGGGCUUGGAAACGGGGCAGCCGCACGCGCGCGUCUACGUCGCUGGGCAUGUAAAGACGCAGCUCAUCGCCCACGACAAAGAGGUCUAUGACAUUGCAUUUUCACGUGCCGGCGGCGGACGAGAUAUGUUUGCCUCCGUAGGCGCUGACGGCUCCGUGCGCAUGUUUGAUUUGCGUCACCUGGAGCACUCAACCAUUAUCUACGAGGAUCCGGCGCAUACGGCGCUGCUGCGCUUGGCUUGGAACAAACAGGAUCCAAAUUACUUAGCCACAGUUGCCAUGGAUUCAUGCGAAGUUAUUAUUUUAGAUGUUCGUGUUCCUUGUACACCUGUUGCAAGACUGAGCAAUCACAGAGCGUGCGUCAACGGUAUUGCGUGGGCGCCGCAUAGUUCCUGUCACAUUUGCACUGCCGGUGAUGAUCACCAAGCACUGAUCUGGGAUAUACAACAAAUGCCACGCGCAAUCGAGGAUCCAAUUUUAGCCUAUACAGCUGCUGAAGGCGAAGUCAAUCAAAUACAAUGGGGAGCCACGCAACCCGACUGGAUAGCUAUUUGCUAUAACAAAGCGUGCGAGAUCCUGCGGGUCUAAGAGUCAAUUUUUCUUACAACCCUUCCCCCGCCCCCCAACACAUAAAAUGCCGCCUGCCCCCCUCCCACACCAACACCGGCCCCUCCAUCAAUGCGACCCACACAGCUCUGCCUGCGACUGUGACACUGAGGAUGUGGUUGGCUGCGGUUAUAGACGCGCACAAUGCACAGUCGUCGACACACACACCCUCAACCAUAACAAUUAUAACACCCACAUGCACAC